CUGUUACUUUCAUCUUCUCAAAAUCGCCAAAGACCGAAUAGCAUUCAGGGCCAAUGUUGGUGUUGUGCUGGAAAAGCAUGCUGGUGAUGAGGAGCUAUUAGAUCACUACUUAACACAAAGCAUAUGUUGUUCCAAUACAUCAUAUUUGACACCUAAUCCCAUGUUGCAAACUCCACUCUUAAGAACAGAGCAAAUUUUCCUCUGACGGACAAAUGAUCAACUGUUAUGUGAGAAAAAACGGUUCUUAUAAGUGUGUUUCUUUUUAAUCAAGCAUAUUGGUGAAAGCACUAUAUAUACCAGGGACAUGGUAAGACCUAUUUGCUUUGAAAUAAUCAAUAUUCACUAUUUGAAGGUGUUGGUAUCAGCAAGAGCUCAAAUUUUUCUGCGGAGAGCUCCAAAAUCCAAUGUCAAGUUCACUAUGAUACUACUUUGAAGGAGAAGAGAUUGUCCUUGUCGCUCUUAAAUGACCAUCAAAUGGUAUGAAAUUUAUAAUACUAUUUUGCAAAGGAAAACAGCGACACACUGACCACCACCGCACCAAAUUAGUUGCGGUUGCAGUUUAUUACAUUGGUGAUAUGAACAGGAAAGUGAAAGGGUUAUGUCCAGGCAGUGUAUUUGACUUUGCUUGGGAAUAUAUCUUGGAUGCCUUUUUAUAGGUGCAGUACAAAAAACUAGAGUAGAUGUAGAAUAUGCAUUUUGACAAGCUUGUCAUAAAGUUAAUCAAAUCCUGGUACUUUGUUACAUAUUUGAUGGCCCCAUGUUUAUUAGAUACUAGUACCCCUGUUACAAGUUUAUGUGUUUUGUGGAUGCAAAAGAAGUAUAGAAGCUUAUUGGAUAAUUUCGUUGUUUAUAUAUUCUAACAUUGACCUACUUUGAUUUCUAAAAACAGAUUGAAUCAUGCAUUGGUAAUUUCUAUUAUUUAAAGUCGUGGUUUUAGACUCAAGACUUUUUCCUCAUACAUUUGACCCUCUCUGUAAAUUUACUGACAUAGGCAUGCAUGAACAUGAAUAUAUUCCUCAAAUAGGAUAUGAUUUGAAGUAUACCCAUUUUUACAUUCACUUAUUUGAAAUUUUUAAUAGUGUAACUGUGAAUCAUCCAUUACUUCUUGUGUGCUGCCUGCUGCUUAUCUUAGGCGCUUUACAAAAAUCAUGUUGCCACAGUUACAUGUGUAAUGAGACAAUUGUAGAGGGAACCUUUAAUGCCUUCUUUGUCCUUUUUAAGUAGUUUUCCCUAAUUUGUACAGUUUUACCAUUCAUUUCCAGCUCUUGCUGCUCUGCCUCAAAUUUGAUUCCUAGUUUCAGUAGUCUCUAUAUUUGCUCUUAAAGAUAUCUGCUUUGGCCAUGAAAAGAUUGACCAGAUUUCUAUAGGUGACUGCUUCGUUGGUUACAUUUUACUUCUUGCUGGGUUACUUGCUAACUGUGCUUAAAGGUUAUUACACUGAUGCAGUAUUUUAUUUAUGGCAUUGAUACAGUAUAAAAUGUAAGAGUUUAAGAACUUUCUUUGUCCUUUUUCUUAAUUUGGUUUUGCCAUUCAUUUUCAUUCCUUGCUUUCUUGCCUCUUAUUUGACACCUAGUUUCAAUUUC